UCCAGUGCAACAAGCCAGCUCUUGAAGAAGAGUCUUGGCUUGCUUGGGAACUCAAAAUUAUCGUUGCCUGAAAGAAGAGAUGGAGAAGAGUGGAUCAUCAACCGGAACUGCUGCUGAUGCUAAGAUAUCAUCAAUCUUUAUCUACCCCAUCAAAUCAUGCCGUGGAAUCUCUGUCCCUCAAGCUCCCCUCAAUCCUACUGGGUUCCGAUGGGAUCGGCAGUGGCUGGUUGUGAAUGAGAAAGGGAGGGCGUAUACUCAAAGGGUUCAACCAAAGCUUGCUCUAGUCGAGGUAAACCUGCCAAAGGAGGCCUUUUCAGAGGGUUGGGAACCUACCAAGAACUCCUAUAUGGAAAUAAAAGCCCCUGGAAUGGGUUUACUCAAGAUCUCACUUUGUAAACCACCACUAGUGGCAGAUGGUGUUUCGGUUUGGGAAUGGUCUGGUUCUGCUUUGGAUGAGGGUGAUGAGGCUUCAAAAUGGUUUACGGAUUAUCUUGGGAAGCCCAGUCGAAUGGUUCGUUUUAAUGCAGCAUCAGAAACUAGGCCUGUGGAUCCUGAUUAUGCUCCAGGGCAUUUCAUAAUGUUUUCCGAUCAGUACCCGUUCAUGCUAAUAUCUCAGGAAUCUUUGGAUGCACUGAACAAGCUUCUCAAGGAACCUGUACCGGUUAAUCGUUUCAGGCCCAACAUCCUUGUUGCCGGCUGUGAGCCGUUUUCCGAAGACCUGUGGACUGAGAUUAAGAUAAGCCAAUUUUCAUUUCAAGGUGUGAAACUAUGCUCCCGCUGUAAGGUACCUACAAUCAAUCAAGAUACUGCAGUUGCCGGGCCGGAACCGAAUGAAACACUUAUGAAAGUCAGGUCGGAUAAGGUUUUGCGACUGGACAAGAAACAGCAAGGGAAGAUCUACUUCGGGCAGAACUUGGUUUGCAAGGAAAGUGUAACUGCAGGGAAGGCGAAGAUGGUUAAAGUGGGAGACCCUAUACAUGUCAUCGAGAAAGUCUCCACUGCUGCUGAAGCAGCUGCUUGAAUGCUGAGAGCAUUUUCUUGAAUAAUAUGAGUCAUAACUCCCUAUAUCAGACUUCGAAUCGUCUUCUCUAGUGAUUCCUAUAGGGUUAUAAAUAAACAGUGUUUGAACAA